UCUGCACUAAACUAAUUCAUUUUGUGUUUAAAUUGAAUCCACGCUGGUUCUAGCUACAAAAAUGAGAAAAAAUUAUGAUUAACAAAUAUUCUGACUAAUGGGUCGACGUUCUCUUGACAGCAGCAGCAAUGGCGUCAGUUCGGAAUUUGCGUUUUGUGGUGUUGUUAUCGUCCAUGAUUGUGUAUUCCUAAGUUUUAAGGCUAUGAUUAAGUUUAAAAUUUCGUAUGAAGUGUUUGAGUUUCCGCGUUCUAAACUUUAGAAAAAAUAAUAUGGGUUUUGUUCUUGAGCUGCACAAAACCUUAUAAUCACUGUUUGAAAAGUUGAUUAAUAUUUUAUGCAGAUGCGUUUAACGUAAUUAUUUAAGUUUUUUUAUGAAUGUUUGGUGAAAAAGGUAAGCUAUGAGUGGAAAUGGAGAAGAGGGCAAGGAAGCCCAUAAAUCCUUGCCUCUGGAUUUGGCGAGAAACCAAAUUACUACAGUUAGGGCUGUUGAGGGGAAAGCCCCUCUGCUUAUGACGACCCAAGCAUUGAGAGGAAUGCGUGUUUUAACGCAAGGAACACCUACAAAUGCGGGGCAGUCAUCUUCCAACACCCCAACCAUCAUUACAACCAACAUCGUGCCCCAUACAGUAUUUAAACAAGAUGCAGCACGUUCCCAGAUUACAAGUAUUUUGACCACGAGUCAAGCACAACCCCAGGGUUCGGCUAGCAUAACAAUCCAAAGGCCCGCCCAAAUCACCCUUUCAACUACCCCAGUAGUUGCCCAAAAUGUCUCCUGUGGUACUACGUACCACGUUCCUCGAGGUCCAGCUGUUGUAGCAAACAUAGCGGCGCCACGCAGUAAUGUAGCAGCAGUGAGGGGCCCCAUGGUAGUAGCCGCCCAAACUAGUGGCCAGACGCAUGCUUUCGUGAGGCCGCCUCGAACCCCCAGCCCAGCCCCCGGUACAGCUUGGUUGACCAAUACAUCCAAUGGCUCCCAGAUCAAAGGGGCCACUACAGUCUUAAGUUCUCCAGUUAGAGGUGCCAGUGUGACAGGGAAGCCCCAACUAGUGUCAAGAUCGCAAGCGGGGAUACAGAAUGUGUCGACGCUUAGGCCUGGUACUGCAAUUUUGCAUUCUGCUAUCACAAUCGGACAUUCAUUCAAACCUGGUCAGAAUGCAACUGGCAUUCAGGGGUUAGGCAAUACAGUUACUAUCGCACAAGUGCUACCUUCAAGGACCCAAGCAGUGGUUUACAGUGCUAAUACUAGUGGCCAGUUUACGGCAACGCCAAGACUGACGGUCGCCAGUUCAGCGCAGAAUCAGAGGCAAAGUACUGCAGCUAGACCAGUGGUGACUACAGCGCGUUUGACAAUCCCUGUAAAUGUUACACAGACUGGCGCACGUCUUGUCACUCCUCAAGCCACAGUUUUGACUUCAGGAGCAAGAAUAGCAGCAGUGUCUUCACAGCCGCAACAAUCAACUGUGAUUGGUACAACUACAAAUAGAAAUGUUUCAACACAACCGACUGUUACGAUUGGCCGAUUAUCGGUGGGGGCGGCUCCCGCACAAGUGUCAAAUUCUAAUAUCACUACCAGGACUCUUAAUCUUCAUCCUGUUGUGUUGGCUAAUACUUCCCAGCCUAGGAGUAUACAUACUCAAGCAACUAAAGUGAUAACACAACCUGCUCAAGGUGCCAUUCAUUUUACUCCCCUACCUGCUCCUAUCAAAACAACACAAGCAGUUGUUACAGCUGCAAAUAGAACUGUGAAUGUGCCAACUGCAGUAGUGAAUCAAAGGCAAUCAGCUGUGGUUUCAUCACAAACUAUACCAAUUGCUAAUGUUUAUUCUCAAGGUGAAAAUCCACAAGGAUCAACUCAGACAGCAAAUGUGCUUAUCCAUGCAUCUUUACCAUCAGUGGCCAGGAGAACAUCACCCAGUCCAACAAGCGCACCUUCAGCCAGCACGAACACUACGACGAGCACUGUUUCGACGUAUUCGAUUGCAACUGGUACGUAUUUUUAUGAUGCUGGAAACUAUCCAGUGGCCCGUUCUUUCGGUCAACAACCAACAUCUUUCGCUGCUCUUCCACAAUCCACCCAACAAAUUCGGCCGACAACUUUAAAUACACAAGUCCACGGUAUUGUGACAAAUCAACAGAUGAGGUUCAAUCCAGUCAUGGUUGUUGAUCAGAACCGUACUCAACAGUUUGCGUCUCAAUCGGAAAUAAACUCCGAGCAGUCCCAGCAGUCUGUGCCCACGAAGAUGACGUCUUCCCCACGACCGAGUAUUUUAAGGAAGAGAGACCACGAAGGGUCGCCGUUGAAGGCGGCGAAGAAUCUGACUCCAGUUUUGACCAACUUAACUCAGCAACCAUUGCCGUCUAUUUCGCCGCCGUCCAGGCCCGAUUCUAGGGGAAAUGGUCACAGUUCUGGGGGUAGUACUACGAUAUCGGCGACUUCUAGUCCUGGUUUAGCGGAAGUAAAUGAAGACAGCAUGCCUCAUGCACCCUUGAAUAAGGAAGAGGAAAGUGCGAAGCCACCGAUGGAGAUGAGUCCAAGGAAGAAACCCAGAAAACAACAAUUGACUGGUAGUAAUGACAUCGACGAGCAUAACGAUGACAUGCAAUUCAUUUCCGAAAGUACCAUCAAGAAAGAACAGGAUGAUUCCGACGGAAAUCAGUCCGACGAACCGAGAGAUGGCGCUCCGGAAGCUGGACAAGUGACUACCGUCCGCAAGCCGGCGUCUGCGAGUUUACUGAAUAGUUAUCGACAAACGUGGAAAGCAACUCACAAUCAUUAUUUGAGAUAUUCAGACGUCAGGCCUAAGGAUGAAAGACGACCCACGAUUAUGGAUUUGGCUAAUCAAUAUAGAGUACAAGAGAAGGUUAACGGAUGGAAAAUUUAUCAUCUUUCAACUCAAAUGGAGGAUUUGGUAGAGGCGGAACAAGAACAAACUGUGUAUAACCAGCUGACUGAGUUACUUAAGAGUACUGAAUCUCAAGAGGCCCUACACUUUGAAAAGGAUAUCAAUAGAAUCAACGAACUAAUUAAGGGUAAUCUUCAAAGAAUAAAAAUAAUAAACGACGGAAUGAUCGAAGCUAAAACACAAAUUAUGAAGAUUUUCGAUCACAAGGGACACGUGACGGACAUAAUAAACAGAUGUGCCAGUAAACGAAAUUUUAAGAAGAGAGAAAAAUCUUAAAACUUAAUUUUGUUAAAUGUUCGUUGCUUUCAUUUCAAAUGUCAUACUUUUGGAAACUAGAUCAAGAUCAAAAAAGAAAAGUAUGUAUUUUUUUUGUAUAUUUAGUGCGUUUCAUGUGUAUUUAUUUAUUUGAUGUUGACUUUUGAAUUGAUCGAAAUUCACGAAAAAUGUACUAAGUUAUGUACAGAUAAUUUUGUAAUAAAAAGUAGUGUGCAGCUUUUUGUACACGAUUGUGUAUGUAUAUUAUUAUUGCAUCCAUUGACGGAUGAAAAUGAGAAUUUUCCAAUGAACUUGCUGUUGAUGUUUAUAAUAAAAUUGUUUUAAAUCUGGA